ACCGAGCCCACCCGGACAGCCACUACAGGCGCCGAGGAGGUCCAACCCCAGCUCUCGAGCCGCGCCUCCUCGUGCGUUGCUCUCACCCCUCCCCCCUCCUCCUCCUCCUCCUCCCCCAGUCCCAUACGCCUCCUCCGCGUUCGCGCCCAGCGCUCGUCCCCGUCGGCUCCCGAGCGCGCCCUCGCUUCCUCCGCGCCCCUCGCCCCCGCCCCUUCCUCCCGCCGUAGGAGAGAUCGGACCCCGGAGGUUUGCGAACUUCCUUCUGGCCAGAGCGGGAAGAACCGGGCCCGGGAGCGAGCGAGCGAGGGUGGGCACCAGCGUCCCCCGGCCUCCGCUUCACCUCAGGCGCCCCCGGGGACAGUUACAAGAGAGACCCGAGGGAGGGGAGCGAGCGCGGGGGGGGCGCCGGGAGGCGGAGCGGACCCGACCAGCAGCGGGCCGACCUGGGCGGCCCGUCCCGAGCGGGCCCGGGGGCCAUGGCUUCCCCCUACCCGGCCCCGGGGGGCCACGACCGGCGACAGCGGCGGAGAACUGAGCUCGGGGGACGAGUCUGGGGACGUGGGGGACUCCCCGGCCGGCCCCGAGGGCGAGGCGCCCAAGAGCCUGGCGGAGCUCUUUGAGAAGGCGGCGGCUCACCUGCAGGGCCUGGUCCAGGUGGCCAGCAGGGAGCAGCUCCUCUACCUGUACGCCAGGUACAAGCAGGUCAAAGUUGGAAAUUGUAAUACACCUAAACCAAGCUUCUUUGAUUUUGAGGGGAAACAGAAAUGGGAAGCAUGGAAGGCACUUGGAGAUUCAAGUCCUAGCCAAGCGAUGCAGGAAUAUAUUGCAGUGGUUAAAAAAUUGGAUCCAAACUGGAAUCCUCAGAUGACAGAGAAAAAGGGGAAAGAAGUAAAUGCAGGGUUUGGUGGACCAGUUGUUAGUUCUUUGUAUCAAGAAGAAACUAUCAGAGAAGAAGACAAAAACAUAUUUGAUUACUGCAGGGAAAACAACAUUGACCACAUAACCAAAGCCAUCAGAUCAAAAAAAGUGGAUGUGAACAUGAAGGAUGAAGAGGGGAGAGCUCUACUACAUUGGGCAUGUGACCGAGGACAUAAGGACCUAGUAACAGUUCUACUACAAUAUACAGCUGACAUUAACUGUCAGGAUAAUGAAGGCCAGACAGCACUACAUUAUGCCUCUGCCUGUGAGUUCUUAGACAUUGUGGAACUGCUGCUGAAGUGUGGAGCUGACCCCACCCUACGAGACCAGGAGGGCUGUCUGCCUGAGGAGGUGACAGGCUGUAAAGCCGUCUCUUUAGUACUGCAGCAACACACAGCUGGCAAACCUUAACUCCACAGCUGGGAAGCUACAGCCUUUACUAGCCCAGGGCUUCAACAAUGAAAGAAAACUGCAAUAAUAAUAACCCUUCUCUGCCAUUCUUCUUUGGUAUGCAUUGGCUAAUGAGGAAUAGGACACUCAGAGAUGUUGACUGGUGAUUCAAAGCCUCUGCAAUUCAUUCUAUCUGCAUACAUUGGGGAGAAUAGAUGAACUUAUGUGCAGUACAUAAUAUGAUCUAGUUCUUUUGAGCAUGCUCUGAUACUUAUCAAAGCUCAAGAGGGCGGGGAAAGGAAGCAGAUCAUCUUUCACAACAUUAAAUGUGACUGCUCUUUAAAAUAUAGAUAUAUAAGCAAAAAGUGACCAUUUUAUACAGAAAAUGAGGGCAUCUAUUCAUGAAAUAUCUUAUUUGGUGGUAACCAAAUGGUCAACGGAACUAAUACAACUGGACUAAGUAGACAUUCCAAGUAUACUUCUCAUUUGACAGACAAAUUUGAAAAGGGAAGAGGAGGUAGUGGUCAAAAACAAUAAGGAAAGAGUUCUUUUGCAUUCUUUGAGGGAUGUGGAAGACAUAAGGAAGAUCAGCUGUUUUAUGACAACCUCCAAACCUUCGGUGUUUAGGAUAGGAUCCUGUAAAUUCUCUCAGAGGAAGAGAUUUUGAUGAUGGACAAAGCACCGGUUAAGCCAGUAUUCUUCUCCUAACCAACUUGGGACAGGGAGAGAGAGGGAUUUUCUUAGUAGCCAACCCUAUCUCUCCAGCUAUAAUGUUUGUGUCAGAAGGAUUUCAGCAUUAUGUUAAGUAAGAGUCUUUUAAGGUCUAGUGUGAAAUGGUACACACAAUUACCUAGUGCUUUUGAGGGUGGAGUGGACACCAAGGUAUCCUCUAUUAAGUGUGUGGAUGCUUUUUAAGCAGUGUGCCCAUGCCCAUCCUGGGCUCUAAGUUUGCCUUUUUAUCCUGACUGAACCUAAUCCAGGAAACUCUUUUCAAAGCUAUUAUUGUACAGAUCAAGUAGCUCAUUCAGUAGGAAGUUAGUUUGAGGUUUGUAAUCGAUAUCAUCAGACUAGUAGCAGGCAGUGUCUCAGAACUUUGGUUGGUGUUGAAGCUUUCCAUCAGCUCAUACUCCCCAGGGAGUGCUUCCAUGGUAGGAAUCAGGUGUGUUGAUUAGUGCCUCUCUCCUGUUGGAUUGCUCUCAAGCUUACUUGAAGACUUAGAUCUUCUAGGAUAUUGACCAGCAUCUUUCACCAGUAUUCAGUUUUUUAAUUGUUUAAAAAUCUGGCGUGCAUGUUAGAGCCUCCUGAAGUUUCACUGACAUUCCUACAGAACUUUGUCAUUACCUUGGAGCUCCUCUCACAGCAUUCAAGCUACAUUGCAGCUCACUUUGGCUUCAUUCCACUGUGUAUCCUUGUGUGUAUAAGAAUCCUCCUCUCCUGGUUGCAGCCAAAAUGCAAAAAUUGUUGCAUGCCCUUUUAAAAUUAAUGUUAUUUUGUGCAUAUUAGUAACAAAGCAAAUUUAGUAAAGUUUUUGUUCUAUACAGGCUUAAAGGGCAGCUGCUUGGGCCCACUGACUUGUUUUGACCCAAUUCUGCAAACAUUUAUUAAUCACCUGCUCUGUGCAAAACACUGUUGUCUUUUGUCAACAUUUGGUAGUCUCACCUUGAUAUGUAUUAGCCAGGCUUUUAGUUUUCUGUUCUCUCUCACCAAAACAAAGUCAAUAGAACUUAAGUGCAAGAUAGCAUUUAUUUUUUUAUUUAUUUCACUUUAAGAUUUUUUGAGUUCAUUUUUACAAUUUUAGGUCAUUAAUUGAAUAUAACCAUCAGGAGCUUAGAUGGUUAGAUGGUUUAGCAAAUGCAUUCUAAAGCCAGCUUCAAAAUAUUUAACUCUUUAGUUAAGUUACCAAGACGUGAAUUCAGGAAACUGUCUUCCAGAAGCAGUUAAUGUUAUUAUCAUACAGAGCAGCCUGUGAAUUACCUCUUUAUAUCAUAAGGGUUGUGUUGGCAUUAUCUAUUACAACAGUUGAAACCUGGUUUUGAUUCCCCUUUAACUUUUCUUGAGUUAUUAUAGAAAUAAUUAUGCUCCUACCUUGAGCAUUUUAGAUUAGGAUUCUUUGAGUUUCCUUGCCAAAAGUGGAGGGGCUACUCCCAAACAAAGAAUAUAUUUUGAGGCAGAAACUCAACUAGUCAUCCGAAAACCUUCUCAUGGUGAGUACAUGAUGAGCUAAUGUUUCCAUACUACUUAAUUGGAUUUUCCAGUAGUUUGGCCUAAAUGUUACCAUACCUGAAGUCAGAAAAUGUAUAUUCAGAUUCUGGCCCUGAUAAUCUUUGUGACUUGGAGUAAGUGUCUUUACCCCCCUACACCUCAGUUUCCUGUAUAAAAUGAGAGGAUUGGAUUAGAUGAUUGUUCAUGCCCCUUUCAGCUCUAAACCUUAUAAACAAAUUGAUUUGAAAGAGGAAAUGUUUUAGUGUGGGUUCAGCUGUGAAUUCUGGAUAUGUUAACAACAAUUCAAAUGAAUUAUAUUCAAAAAUAUAAUGGGAAGUAUUUUGAAGCAGUUAUUUCUGAUUCUACUAUGGGAAACAACAAGAAUGUUAAAAAUCCCUUUUCAGAUACCACAGUUAUUUGCGGGAGAAGGGGAGGAAUAGUUUGAGUUUUUAUUGGCACAGAUAUCCGAUUCCAGAUCUUUCUUGUUUGGUAUUUCUAGUGGAACAGAGCAUUGUAAAAUUUGUACCACAGUCAGUUUCUGUGGGGUUAGAGCAAUCUUUGCGUUAGAAGAACAAAUCAUCUUGAGUGAUGUAACUAAAAAGUUCUCAAACCUUGUUUGAGAUUGUCUUUGCAUCCUUACUCUUUGGCCUUUAUCACUUUUCACCUUUUUCAUUCUGAUUAUCAUUCUUAGUUCAGGACUCUACUUUAAAAUCUCGUCCUCAGUGCCCUAGUACCAGCAUCUACCCAUAAAAGCACAGCUGACCAUCUUUUUCCAUUUCCCAACAAAGGUAUUUAAUAGGAUUUCCCUUCUUACUGAAGAUAUACCCUCAAAAUAUCACUGUUGAUUUUUUUUUACUCUAAUAAUGGUCUGUAGCUGAGGGCUUUGUCCUAGUUGGAAAGGGUGAGUGGUGAUCACAUUGAUAUGUAAUAAACCUUUCAGUCUAAUAACCCAAAAUGUCUAAUUUUUGCUAAGUAUACUAGCUUUUAAGUGUAGAAAUCUUCUAACUCUUUGGGUCUCCAUUUUUAAAAACUAAAUUAUACUUUAAAAGAAAGGCAGUCAAUUUUUAUUAUCCAAACAUUCACCCUUCUUCCCAAGCAGUCCUGUGGCCAGGUACAUUAUUCGGAUUGACACCUCUCGAGAAGGUUUUUACUGUCAUCCUAAAACUUCUCUUCUGCAUCCUCACAAGGUUUUACUUUCUUUAAGUUCUGGAUUUGGAAUAAAGGCCCUGGGUUCAAGUCCUAGGUCUGCCACUUACUAGCUUUAUGGCUUUGGGCAUGGUACUUAACAGCAUUUGGUCUCAGUUUACUCAUCAGGUGAAUGAAAGGGAGAGGGAGAAAUGACCUACCUUUAAGAUCAUCUUUAAGGUUUCUUCUAACUCUGUGAGCCUCUGAGUAUAAGGAAUUGAAAGAGAUCAUAUAAAGUAUCAAAUGGGGACAAAACAAAAUGUCUCAGUUUAUCACCCAGACUCUUUCCUGAGGCUUAUUUCUUUGCCUUUCCCACUCUUUCAAGAGUUAGAAACUUUUUGUGGACUUGUGAUACUUUUAAUAGUUUUUAGAAUCACAAUCCAGAUGGCUUGUCAAGGAAAAUACAUACUCUGUAUGUAUAUUGAGUGUGUCUAGUUUCUCACCAACAUCAGCCUUCUAAACCUUGGAUCUAGAAUCAUAAAACCACAAAAUAUUAGAUCUGGAAGAGAUCCAAAGCUAUCUUGUCCAGUCCUAUUGUUUCAUAGAUAAAGCAGCUAAAGCUUCCUCCCAAGGUUUGGGUGGCACCCAAGAUCUCUUCAGGAAAAUGCCUUGAAGGGCAACAACAAAAACAAACAAAAAAAUGAUUUUUAUUUUAGAGCCCAGUACUCUGCGGCUAUGAAUUAUGGAAUAUAAGGCAUCAGAGCUGCAGGUUACACAACAAGCAAUGAAGAUGCUUUGUAGGAUUGAUAUCGAUGAUUGAAGCACAUUACCAACAAAGAAUUAUAAGCAAAAAGAUUGAUGAAAGAUGAUCAAAUAGAUAUAUUAUGGGGUGGCCAUGGAGCAAGGAGUGAGGGAUAGCAAAUGUACAUUCUAGGGGGCACUGAGGAUAGCAACUCCUAGUACUUCGUGUGAAGCCCCUCUGCAGAAAUUUAUUACAGGACCUGAUUGAAAAGACUUGGAUGGGUCGUGAGCUGCGCCCCUGGGUGGAACACCCACAUCAGAGAGAUCCCAGAGUCAGGAUAGCUGAAGUAUCACUUUUAAGUGAAGAGGUUGGACUAGAUCAUCUCUGAGGUCUCUUACAACUCUCUAUUCUAUAAUCCCUUUAAAAACCUUAGAGAAACCUUUAAAAAGGUAGCACCCAACACUUUGAAUUCAUGGAGUAAACUGCUUAAUUCUUUACCGUUUAAUCUCUUUAAAAUCACUUCUUGGCAGAAAAGCCACACACAGAUGAGCUGUCAUUUAAAUAAUAAUGCCUGUUUUAACUUUUCAGAGUGCUUUACCAUGCAUUAUUGCAUUUUUUCUUCACUGUACAUCUGUUAAGUAUGUAGGACAGGUACUGUUACUGAAGAAACUAGGGAUAUGUAAAGAUUCACUGGAUUACCCAGAGUAACCCAGCCAGCUAGCUAGUGGCAGCACCACUGUUAAGACCAGGUUGAUGUGAUGACAAAGAGGGACAUUUUUUUUUUAGUUUGAUAAUCCGCAAAGCCUCAUUUGGCAUGGUGAAUUACAGCAUAAAUAAUGACUCCUUAAUGAUAAGAGGCCCUUAUGGCUCGGUUGUAUCAGCCCCCAACUCUAGCCCUGGUGUUAGUCUACUCCAGCCUAGAACUAAGAUCUCUUAACACCCAGCCCUCUCUCCUCUGUUCAUUGCAUUAUUCAGUGCAAGGCUUCGUUAGGCUAAUAUAUCCAACAGGCAUUUAUUAAGCACCUACUAUGUAAAUCAGCUUCAUAAGUGUGGGAAGAUGGAAUAAUGGGAGAUAGCAGUUUGUAUGAAAAAGAUCUGGGGAUUUUCAUGGAUGUAAACUCAAUAUAAGAUAGCAAUGUGGCAUGGCAGCCAAAAAAACUAAUGAAAUCUUGGCCUGAAUUAGAAAGACAUAAUUUAUGGGGAUAAGGAAGUGAUAGUCCUUCUGUACUCUGUCCUAGUCAGACCACAUCUUUAGCAUUGUGUUCAGUUCUUGGUGAUACAGGUUAAGGACAUAAACUGGAAAAUGUCUAGAGGAAGGCAGCCAAACUGCCUUGAAUCUAUGUCAUACGUAGAGAUUGGUUAAGACAACAAGUAAUGUUUGGCCUGGAAAAGAGACGAUUCAAAGGGAGACAUGUUAACAGUGUUCAGGUAUUUAAAGGGCUGUCGUGUGAAAAAA